GUUCGCCGCCGAGAUAAUAAAAAUAUAAAACUCAAAUAAAAGUAGCUGACAAGGUCCAUUUGACGGUAAUUAGCUGAUUUUUUAAACAGUCAUUUCUUCCGUUUUAAUCGUCUCUCCCGCGAUACGCGUUUCGUUUUCUCGUUCUAUAAAUACUCCUUCUGACUGUCAGUUUGACGCCGUCUUUUUUAUCCGUCGAAUCUCUUUCUUCUCCGAUCUUCCAUCGGAGAGAAAAAAUCUAGAAACUUCUCAAAAUUCACACACAAAAAGGUGUAAUCGCACACAGUAGUAAUUGAGUAAAUGGAUCGGCGGCGGACGGGGAGUCCAGUGUAUGCGCGGCAGUGGAGUGGAGGAUCAAGUAGCACAGGUUCAUCGUCGCCGGCGGGAUCGCCGGCUCAUCCACGUGCUCGAUUGCCGCCGACGGUGACAGGCAUGUCUACUAUAAAGAGGACUCAGAAUGUUGCUGCUAAAGCUGCUGCUCAGCGUUUGGCACAAGUUAUGGCGUCUUCUCAUACACCUGAUGAAGAUGAUGAUGAUGAUGAUCUAGGGUUUAAGCCUCCUACAGCUGCUUUUUCGACUAAUGAUAAUCGGAGUAAUAGCAAUAGCAGAAACAGUGGUUUGUCUGCUAUUUCACUUGCCAAACCUAAUAGAUCUCCUUCCCCUUCGUUAGGUCGGAACUUUAUGGAUCACACUCCUUCUGUUCGUUCAUCGUCUACUGGAAGACCCUCCUCAAUGUCUGUUCGUACAUCAGCAGCAACACCAACAACAACUGGAGUAGUAGUGCCACCAAGUAGGUCGUCGGUGAGAACUCCAGUUACCAUACCGGCAAUAGAACCUCCUAGUAAUCGCUUGAGAGAGAAAAGGUUCACACCAGAAUUAGGACGAAUUGAUUUGAAAGAUUCUGGAAAUGAGCACGAGGCUUCAACACUUCGUGAUGAGCUUGAUAUGCUUCAAGAAGAAAACGAUAUUAUUUUAGAUAAGCUACGCUGUACAGAAGAACAACGUGAAGAAGCUGAAGCUAGGGUUCGUUUGUUGGAGAAACAGGUUGCUUCUCUAGGAGAAGGAGUAUCGCUUGAAGCCAAAUUAUUAAGCAGGAAGCAAGAAGCACUUCGCCAGAGGGAGGCUGCUCUUAAAGCUGCACAGCAAACUAAGGAUGGAAGAGAAGACGAAAUUGCGAUACUUCGUACUGAAAUUGAAAACUUGAAGGAUGACACUGCAAAUGCAAUGGAACAGCUUCAGGAAGCUGAAUCUGAAGCAAAAGCUCUUCGAGCAAUGACACAGAGAAUGAUUUUGACCCAUGAAGAGAUGGAGGAGGUAGUUCUAAAGAGAUGUUGGCUUUCACGAUAUUGGGGCCUAGCUGUACAGUACGGUAUCUGUGCAGAUAUAGCAGGAACAAAGCAUGAACAUUGGUCAUCUUUUGCGCCUCUUCCAUUUGAAGUUGUGAUUUCUGCUGGCCAAAAGGCCAGGGAGGAAUCCUGGAAUGGCGGUGAUGAUUCCGAUCGGAGCAAACGUGCUCGUGACAUUAGUGACUUAUCUGGAGAGGGAAAUAUUGAGAGUAUGCUGUCAGUUGAAAUGGCUCUAAGAGAAUUAGCUUCCCUCAAGGUAGAGGAUGCUGUUAUUCUUUCAUUGGCACAGCAUCGGCGCUCAAAUGUAGUACGGCAGUCCUCUGAUCCUAAGUCAUCUGCUGACCCCAAGUUGAUGGAGGCAUACGAGUUAAGCUCAGAGGAGAUAGAAGAUGUUCUCUUCAAGGAGGCUUGGCUUACAUACUUCUGGAGGAGAGCCAAGGUGCAUUGUGUAGAAGAAGAUAUUGCAGAAGAAAGGCUUCAGAUCUGGAUUGGCCGUAGUGGACAGUCACCAACCACUCAUGAUGCAGUUGAUGCUGAAAGAGGUUUAAUAGAACUGAAGAAGCUGGGGAUAGAACAGCAGCUUUGGGAAGCUUCUCGUAAAGAAAUUGACCAACCUAAUAACGGCAAAACGACAGCGGAUUCAGAGGCAUCUCCCUGAUGAACGUGCAUCAAUGUUGCUUGUUUGAUGUCUAUUCUUUUAAGGAUUUUGCAUUCUUCCCCUUUUCUUUUUCGGGUUUACAUUUCAGAUAGAUAUUCUUUCUUCGUCAUCUCCAUCUGAUUUAUUCUUUCGGUUUGUUUUCCUGGAAUUUUGAAAUGUUAGAGCUUGAGAACAGAUAAAAUUGUAAUGAGUUGGUUGUAUAGUCAAUUGAGUGAUGCAAAAGUGAUAUCCUCUGUGUAA